CUAGUAAUACAAACGGGACCAAAGCUCCAAAAGGUUGCUUCUUUCUCAAGUUUAAGCUCUGCGUCUCCGAUUAGAGACCGACUUUGGCAUUGCGAGUAGUGCUACGACGAUGAGCGACGCGGAGGAGGCUACAAGACGUCGUAAUGCGGUGGCAGAGUACCGUAAGAAACUCCUCCAGCAAAAAGAAUUCGAAUCUCGAAUACGAUCCGUGAGGGAGAAUUUGCGAGCUUCGAAGAAAGAGUUCAACAAAACAGAAGAUGACUUGAAGUCGCUUCAAAGUGUUGGGCAGAUCAUUGGAGAAGUUCUCAGGCCUCUUGACAAUGAACGCUUGAUUGUUAAGGCAAGCAGCGGCCCCAGAUAUGUGGUUGGCUGCCGUAGUAAGGUGGAUAAGAAAAAACUGACUGCAGGAACAAGAGUGGUUCUUGAUAUGACAACACUCACUAUCAUGCGGGCUCUUCCACGUGAAGUUGAUCCAGUUGUUUAUAACAUGCUGCAUGAGGAUCCUGGUAAUGUUAGUUACUCUGCUGUAGGCGGUUUAUCUGAUCAGAUCAGAGAAUUGAGAGAAUCUAUUGAGCUACCUCUCAUGAAUCCAGAGCUCUUCCUUAGAGUUGGCAUCAAACCUCCCAAGGGUGUUCUUCUUUAUGGACCUCCUGGUACUGGCAAGACAUUGUUAGCUAGAGCUAUUGCAAGUAACAUAGAUGCAAACUUCUUAAAGGUUGUUUCAAGUGCCAUUAUUGAUAAAUACAUUGGGGAAAGUGCACGGUUGAUACGAGAAAUGUUUGGCUAUGCUCGUGAUCACCAGCCCUGCAUCAUUUUUAUGGAUGAGAUUGAUGCCAUUGGUGGGCGCCGUUUCAGUGAGGGAACAAGUGCUGACCGUGAGAUUCAAAGAACACUAAUGGAGUUACUUAAUCAGCUUGAUGGAUUUGAUCAGCUUGGGAAGGUUAAAAUGAUAAUGGCAACAAACCGUCCUGAUGUUCUUGAUCCAGCACUUCUCCGCCCAGGGCGGCUGGACAGAAAAAUAGAGAUUCCAUUGCCGAAUGAGCAGUCCAGAACGGAAAUCCUUAAGAUUCAUGCUGCUGGAAUUGCCAAACAUGGUGAAAUCGACUAUGAAGCUGUUGUAAAGCUUGCAGAGGGUUUUAAUGGGGCCGAUCUUCGAAACGUUUGUACUGAAGCUGGAAUGUCAGCUAUCCGUGCCGAACGUGAUUACGUAAUCCAUGAAGAUUUCAUGAAGGCUGUGCGGAAACUGAACGAAGCAAAGAAACUUGAAUCUACUGCCCACUACAGUUCUGAUUUUGGGAAAGAGUAGCAGAGCCAAGGAU